UUCGAUUUUAGUUUACAUGAAAUUCUCACUAUAUCUUCCAUUGAAAUACUGAUUGCUGGGCCUUCUGCUAGCCUUUAAGAACUGCCCCUCCAUCCCAGACAGUCAACUGUACAUUGUAUUCUUGAUCCACCCCUUUUUUCAUUGCACAGGUGCUACCUUAGAACUUACCUCUGUUGCAUACAGAUGUUUCAAAUAUUGUAUUGCCAAGAAUUUCAAGAACUUUAGGACAUUGAUGAUUAGUCUGCAAACCAUAACUAAAAACUAUGAGAGCAAGAUGAUUUCAUAUUGCCUUUGUACAGAGAAAUUGACUUGAAGUUCUUGGGAAAAUACAACCAUUGAAUUGCAGCAAUGUCCCUCUAAAUGAUAGUAAUAUUUUUAUCAAAUAUUUUAUAGUGUUGGGCUUGAUGUUACCAAUUCUAGACACUGCUUUGUCAGUGAGGUUAAAAUAAAGGCAAGAUGCAGUGAACAGUAGGGGUUUGAUUUGGGGUCUGUGUUUAGUUUUGUUGGGGUUGGUUUCUUUUUAAAUUGUGGUGUUGCGGUUUUGGUAGAAGAACUUGUAAUGAACCAUAGCAUAAAUGCUCUGUCCUCUGUGAUACCUUAUUUGACUUUUACACAACCACCUGCCACAGAAAGAAAUAAAAAUGGAAAUGAGACCCAGUCUUCCAAAUACCUAAGCUGGAUGUCAUUUUAAUUGUCUCCAUAUCACUAUGUGUUCUGCCCAGUUGUGGGCUUCAGGUGCUGCUGUCAUGCUUAUGUAGCUGCAUAAGGGGCUUAUGGGCUUUGUCCGCUCCCAGCAAAGCUGCUUUAGUACUGACAGGAAAAUGCUUCAGUUUGCAAUAUGUUAAGAAGUAAGUUACAUCUCAUUCUGCAUCCUCUUUUUCCUGAAGGGAAGGUUAAGUCUGGUCUCAGCCCUUCAGCUUUGCCGAUAUGCACAGGUGAGUAAGUGAGACGGUGCUGUGGGUCUCGGGUGGCACCUACAGCCACGUUCCAAGUUUCAGCAGAGAGAUGAAGCAGAAAACGAGCAAUGCGGGAAAAGAAGUGUUUUAAUAGUUUUCUGCCUUCUGCCAGCCGAUGAACGAGCAGUAUUGUAUACAGUAUUUAAUUGUUAGCUCUUCUUUCCAGAACAUUUUUUUACAAGUUUGAAACGCAGUUAUUUAUUUUCUACGACUGCUGUUUUUUAAAUGCGCGGUAAGACUUGAUCUUUGUUUCGCCUACGUGUUUUUGUACGCCCGGCCCCUGUGGCCCCGUCAGGCCGCGCUGCCCGCCCGCGUUGCCAGGGCAGCGGCGGCGGCGGCGGCAAGAGCGGCUCCUCCGCCAUGAGCAGGAAGAGGCUGCAGCUGCUGGCGGAGUCGCUGAGCCGAUCCACCAAGCACUUCAGCGAAAGCGAAGCGGAAUGUCUGAUCAAGCUCUUCGACGUGCUGGUGGAGAGGUCCUGCAGCCAGUUCGCUGUGUCCGGCUUCAACCGCACCGUGUUCAGAGACACCCUGUUCGCCGCCUUUGGCAUGACGGACGACGUGGUCCUGGACCGAGUGUUCAGCACUUUUGAUAGAGACAACAAUGGCUGCAUCACUGUGGUGGAGUGGGUGGAAGGCUUAGCAAUAUUACUUCGGGGGACACUGGAAGAGAAGAUUAAAUACUGUUUUGCGGUUUAUGACCUGAAUGGUGAUGGAUACAUUUCGAGAGAAGAAAUGUUUCAAAUGCUGAAGGACACCGUUAUCAAACAACCAACAGAUGAAGACCCUGAUGAGGCAAUUAAGGACUUGGUAGAGAUAGUACUGAAGAAAAUGGACUAUGAUCACGAUGGCAAGCUUUCUUUUGCGGACUUUGAACAAGCAGUCAGAGAUGAAAACCUUCUCUUAGAAGCCUUUGGACCAUGUUUGCCAGACAUAAAGAGCAGGAUUGCAUUUGAACAGAAAGUUUUCCCAGACACUUCGUAAACUGUAACUGCAUUGUUGAAUACUGUUGUAAAGGGUGUUUUUCUUCACCGUUCUACAUGAUAUAGUAAAAAUGGGAGCAACUUGAAACUAUU